AUGCCAACCAAAAACGACAAAGCUGUGGACAUGCCUUUGGCCGAUCUCAAAAAGAGCUUUCUGCAGUUUUCCUCGGAUAUGAACAAUAAGGGAAAGAAGACAACGAAGAAGGAAGACGCAUCAUCAACUCAAGGUAAAUUAAUUUCAUCAUCAUUAUCAUCCAAUAAGAAGGAGGCUCGACCACAGCAGCGUGGGGAGUUGACGCAAAAUCUUCAAGCCUUUCAAGCGAAAAUGAAUACUAAAUUGCGAACCACCAAAUCAGGAAAAACUGCUAGUGUCGACGAACCACCAACAUAUUAUGCGAGUUACACGGCAAAGCUUUCCGACGAACCCAAGGAUACAAUCGGUGCCUCGUAUAGAAGUUAUCAAUCCUCAGGAGCAGAUACGGAAUCUAGUGGGGCUUCCGACUUGGGGGAGAGUCUCAGCGAGUUUCUACCAAAGACAUUUCGGUCACGAGCGGAAGCAGCCGAGGCGGAAGCCACAGGCAGUGAAAAGAGUCCAGUCAUUGUGUCGACUGCUAAUCAAGAACCUCAGCAAGCAAGUCCUUCUUGUGUAAUCGAACAGCAUGACGAUGACGCAUCCGACGAAGGUCUCGAACCCUUGCACGAAGAAGAAGAUAUCAUGCAUGAUGAGGAUCACAGCGAGAGCCUCAGAGAUGAAGAUGAUAAUGACGAUGAUCACAGCGACAGCUCCUCAAUUUAUGAAGAGCCGCUCAAAGAAGCCGAAUCACCGUCCAAUCGAAAAGAUACUCUGGAAGACUUGAAAAAGUUCCAUCGGAGCUUGUCCAAGCGCGACAUGACCUUGGUAUCAAAUCAAGACGCGACUUCCAGCAACAGUACGAGUGAUAAUGAAGAAGAAGAAGAUGCUGCUGCUGCCAAGCCAGUAUCGGCAAAGUCCUUGUUGCCAUCAGCAGCAAAUCUCGGUCCCACUCCACAACUCAUUCCAUCCAAAAAAGAUCGAGCGUCCGAGUUGCAGCGCCAAAAUGUGGAAACCCCCAAGGAUGAUUUGAUCUCGAGUCUUAGGGCGUUUCAGUCACAAAUUGACCAGAAACUCCACAAGGGUGGAGCAGUGCCAGCUGCAACUGCAACUGCUACCACUGGUGCCAGGAUCCGGCAAAAAGCACCCACUGGUGGCAGACCCAGCAGACACAAGUCCGUGGAGGUGGAGCAUGUUUCACCACCACCAGCAGUAAAACGAAGUAUAAGGAGAGGUAGUAUGCUGGAAAUGCCGAAGUCAGACUCGAAGCGAAAGCUACAGGCCUCCAAAAGUGCCGAAGGUCAAGGCCUUGUAGGGGCGGAAUUGAGCUCCAGAGAAAUUGAAGAUCGAAACUUUCGAAAAUGGUUUGAAUCUAAAAUGGAAGCUCGCGUGGGCAGCAACGUCGAACGCUUCAUUUUGGAAGAAGAUGAUCAUGAAGAAGGACCUGUGGAAGACAAACCAGGGCACGGCCCUUUGGUGGUCAAUGUUCUACACUCGGAAGUGGCUCCACCGUCGAGUGAAGACAGCUCACCUCAAGUCGACACACCCACGGCUGCUGGCAAACACAAUCCAUUGACAAACAGGUCGAGCCAAGACAAAACCAAAUCAAAGGACUGGUCGUCGAGUGAUCGCAAUGACUGGUCGUCGAGUGAUCGAGCUACGCAAAUCAAGCAACAAAACACCCAAAUGUCAAGAGACGAGAUCAAGGCCAGUCUUCUUUCCUUCCAGACUCAAUUGAAAACCAAAAAGCCAGCACCUCGUGCCAAGCCGAAAACUUCCAAGAACCCAGCAUUUGUUUCGUGCGAAUUUGAAGCACCAGAACCCGAAACUGCCAACAAAACUUCCAUUGUUUCGAGCGAAUUUCGACUACCAGAAGCAGCAGCAGUACCAUUGCAGCAGGCGAAGAGCCGCAUAGUUCAACUCGAGACGGAAAACGGAAGCUUGACUCGCGAUCAGUUGACUGCCAGUCUUUUGGCAUUUCGGUCGAGCAUCGAAAAGAAGGUACCCAGCGAUGGUGCCAAGAAAGAGACGAAACCAAAAGCUGCUGCUGCUGCUGAUCUGAAAGCAAAGGAUGCAAUCGGAGAGACCAACAACAUUCGAAGGGCAAAAGGUCGGGAAGGGCGUAUCAAGGCUCUAGAAGAAGAACAAGCAACUAUUCCACGCAAUGUGAUGCUUGCAAGCUUGCAAAAAUUUCAAGCUGACAUUCAAGGGAAAUUGAACACGAGUCAGUCGACGGAAGUUUCACUGGAUUCACCGAAGCUUCAGCCUGUGAAAAAGACUACCAAAUUGGAGAAUUUUGAUGCAUCAACAGACGGCGCAAGCAUGGAGGUUACCGAGGGCGAAUAUCUGACUAAGGUAUCGGAACAUUCUUCGAAACGCGGUGGUGCGGAUGGUAAAAAUGAGCCCGAAACUAAAGCUGAUGCUGCAACUAGCAACGAGGCGCAAGAUGCCUCUCGCGAGGAAAUGAAGAAGAAAUUACUGAGCUUCCAAUCUGAAAUUCAAGGAAGAAUUGAGAAGAGAAAUUCCGUUGGUGGAAAAGUUGACAAGGUACCAACAACAGAGACAACGGCGGAGGCGACAACCGAGGAAGAAAAGAGUUCCCAUCCUCGUAAGUUUGAGAGUAUGCUCAAAAAUCUUGAGGAUCUCAAGAAAAGAAAUGAAGAUAAGGUGUCUACAAUGCAAAAUCUUGAUCGUAUGCGCAAACGUAAUGAAGAGAAAGUCUCCGCCAUGAUAUCAGCCAUUUCACCAGAGGAUGCAACAGAGAUGCCGCCGUGGUUUGCUGAGUUUGCGCAGCAACAGGAAGACAAGUUCCAAGAACUUGUUCAGAUUUCAGAGCAACGAAAUAAGGAGAUUAUGCGUCUCAGCAACGACUCGGCCAGAAGUCAGGUACGCUCUUUGAGCAAUCAAAUCGAUAAAAAGAAAGACGAUUUCUCACAAACCAACAGUUCGAAGCCACUCGGAAAUGGACAGAAGAACACCCCCGCUUUGUCCGACCUUGAAGGCCCAGGUCAGUUCAUGGGAUAUCCUGAAAGUCAAGCAUCAGCUACGGAAACUAGUGACGUCAGUCUAGCGUGCGAGGAAGCAACCUAUUUCAUUCAACGAUUCGCUCAAGAAACCGGAUUGUUGCAUGGGAAACGUCUCGAGGAGAGACUGGAAGAAAUCAAGAGAAGCAUCGUCGAAGCUGGUUCGUAUACUCAAACUUACGACGAGCUGCAAUAUGGUUGUCGCCUCGCAUGGAGAAAUUGUGGACAAUUCAUAAUGCGUAGCGCGUAUGCAUCAUUAACAGUGAACGAUUGUCGCCAAGCCAAAACUGCGGACGACUGUUUCAAUCAGUGCGUGAAGCAUCUGAAAGAAGUUUUCGAUGGCGGAUCUGAAUCCCCUGUCAUUUCGGUAUUUCAACCAAAACAGGAUAACGAGUUUGCUCCAGUUCGCAUUUGGAAUCGAGAUCUUCUUGGAUAUGCCGCAUACAAGAGAGACGAUGGAAGCAUAAUGGGAGACUCCUCCAAUCUCGACUUCACUGUCCUCUGUAUGAAAUUUGGUUGGAUUCCUCCAGAAGAGAAAUCCGAUUUUGAUAUUCUACCAUUACUUAUCUCUGAUGCAGCGCGAGGGCAUGAUAAUCCAAAGGUAUUCGUACUACCACCAGAGGCCAUACAUGAAGUUGAAUUUGAUCACCCAGAUUUCGACUUGUUCAGGAAUUUGAACCUUCGUUGGCACGCUCAGGCUUCUGAUGCAAGCAUGGCGAUCGAUAUUGGAGGUUUGCUCUACCAAACUGCUCCUUUCACAAGGCUGUAUCAAGCUUCUGAAAUCUCAAGUUUUCUGCUUGAUCGAAGUCGGUAUGGCUUCGCUGAAGCGAUUGCCGCAGCUUGUGCUCUAAAAAAGUCCCCCCUUUCAUUGUGGAGGGACAAUGUUCAACUACAAACACAAAAGUCUAUUUUGAACAGCUUUGCGAGGGAUGGAUUGCGUUGUCUCGACUAUCAUGCAGUUAGCGAGGAGUUUGUUGAAUUUCAUUCUUCCCAGGUACAAGACUUUGGAAGUUGUCCAGCCGAUUGGAUCAAGGUAGUUGCUCCGGCCACAUCUAGUAUGACAGCAGCAUAUCAUCAAGAAAUGGCAGACUUCGUUGUGAAACCUCAAUAUUUGAUUCAAAAGCCUCUCUGGGAUGACCUGGAUCUCGCAAUGCCUCUACCUAUCAGUAUUGCGCCAAGAAAACGAGGCAAUAACUUUGUGUUCAACAGAGCGAAUUGUCAUUACGACCAUGUGUUUGUGUACUACGCUUCCGAGACAGGGACAAGUUUACGAUUGGCAACCCUUCUGGUUGGCGACUUUGGAGGCAGUGCAACUGGGCCCAUCCCAUUAGACAGCCUACCAGAUCUGCUGCUGGAGUCUGUUGAGAAAAAAUCUCUUGCAAUUAUCGUAACUUCAACCGCAAGUUCUGGUGCGCCACCGCUCCAUGCCAAAAGUUUCUUGGGUGGAAUGAGUCAACUGGCGAAAGGAUCUCUCCACAACAUUGAUUUUGCUAUAUGCGGUCUUUGCAAUUCGGCAUACACUGGAAGUUUAGCAUCGUUUGCCUCGGUUGUGGAAGCCAAUUUGAAGAGAGCAGGAUGUGUACCUGCAAUGGGUAUCCACUAUGUUGAUACUCUCGAGGCUCCAGAAGAAGCGUUCGCUGAUUUCCGAACGAUGUUGUUCGAAGAAGUUGAAGGUAUUCUCUACAAGAGAAACCCCACGGUAGAGCCGACAAAGCCAAUGGAAGUUCAAUUGACGACAAUGGCGUUUGAGAAACUCGUGCCCGUGUUGAAGCUGGAUUCAGUUGAUGAUCCGGGUGCAGUUGGAGGAGGAAAGUAUCUAGACUCUUGGGAGCGCAAUUCCAAUAAACUCAAAAGAUCGCUCGAUCUCUUUCGGUUCAAGUUAGAGGAGGAAGAGGGCGAGAAUCGACUACAAGGACUAGCCGCUGGAGACCAUGUGGUAUUGUACCCACACAACAUGGAUGAUGUUGUCGAAACUGUUAUGCGACAUGUUAGUGUACCCGAUGCCGCUGCGGCGAAAAAGUAUCUCAAGAAAUUCAAGGAUCUGUCGAAACCAUUGAGCUUAGAUGAGCUAUCUUUUCUCAACGACUAUAUUCAGGGCAACGAAAGUGCUAUGAGUGUUCUCGAUGAACUCUUGACCACUAUUUCUGCCGACAGCUCUUUGUCUGUUGAAAAGCUUGUCCAGAUCAUGCCUCCAGGUUCGAUUCCAAUGAAUUGGAUAUUGAAAUACGUACCUUCCAUGGAUCCAAGAUUCUAUUCCAUUGCUUCAAUUGAUGGAACGAAAAAUACUGUCAGUAUUGUGCAGUCAGUCUAUACCUUCGAAGGGAGUGGAAAGGCUGGUGUCGCUUCCAGAUGGUUGAGAUCGUUAACAAAAGGGCAGCAAAUAGAUGCCACUUUCUCCAGGACAAAAUUUCGACUUCCAGAUGACGAAGGCGCACCUGUUCUGCUCAUUUCGGCAGGUCCAGGCAUCGCACCUUGUCGGACAUUCUGGUUGGCAGGAAGAACGAAUCCAACCUAUUUGUUCUGUGGGUGCAAGAGUCCAGAAGAACUACCAUAUUCCACUGAGAUUGAACUAUUGAGGAAGAAGGGUUUGCUUCAUCCGUUCGUCGCCUACAGUCACAGCAGUGGUAGGAAGAUGGAACUGGAAGAUCUUCUUCGGCAAGAGCGGGCUACACUGCUUGACUUGCUGCACAAUUCUAGAACAAGGCUCUAUGUCUGUGGAUCGCCAGAGCUGAACGCAAAAGUACGCAACAGUCUUGCGAUGAUCCUAGCACAAGGCCACAGCCGCAAUCGAGGAAUGGGAAUGGCAAAAGCAAUGGAGCGGCUGGCAUUAAUGUCACAAUCGGAGCUGUAUGUGCGGGAAGUAUAUGGGAAUGCAAUUGGAGACGCAACACGUUCGGAUCCAAUGCAUGCACUCUGGCAGGAGUCGACCGUCAAGGUUGUUCGAGCUUUGGCAGCACUCGAGAAAUUGGAGGUGGCAGUCCCUCCUUCUCGUCCACGGCAGAACAGCAGACAAAAGGGAAAAUUGAAUGAAGAAAAUCACGCUUACAACCCAAUGAUAUCUGGUACUUAG